AUGAAAGUAUAUUCUAUUUUCAGAUCUGGGCGUUUUUUAGUUCUGCUUUGUCUUUUCACUGUGGAAGGCAAAAAGUCACCUACAGGAAAGCAUACCUGCCGAAAAGGACUCCUCUCCCAAGUGACAGAGAACCUGUAUAUCAAGGCAACUAGUUUAAAAUCAUCUGUUCCUAAGGAUCUCAUCAAGAACACAAGACUGCUUAAAAAGACAACAAAAAUGCUGUUUAUGACAAACUGCCGUGUUCGAGAUCAGCUCCUCUCCUUUUAUGUGAAAAAUGUUUUCAGUCAUCUUGGAGUAGGAAGUGACAAGUUGUACGUUACUAGUGCCUUCCAGGUCCUGCAAGCGAACAUGAAUGCCUGUCUUCCAUGUGCUCCAUCCACAAGGUUAACUUCUGCAGUCAAAAAAUUAAAGAAAACGUUUCUUAAGCUUGGAGAAAAGGGAAUCUACAAGGCCAUCCAUGAGCUGGAUAUUCUCCUUCCCUGGAUUCAGGCCUACAUAAAAACCAUUGUAUGA